AUGACAGAAACAGUGGUGGAGACGUUGGGAACAUCUGCUACUGCAAGCCAGCCAAUGGGGAUUGCUCAUGGGAAGCAUAUGUUGCCAAGACAUGUCCCAAAAGUUGUGGAACAUGUAAAGAAGAGAGUCCGGAAGCAAAGAGUAAGCAAUGACUGUGGAAACAGAAGUAAAGAGUCUGGAAGCAUAGAAUCUGGAAACAAGAAGUUCGGAAGGAAAGAGUUCGAAGGCAAAGACUAUGGAAGCAAGGAGUUCGGAAGCACAGAGUCAAGAAACAAAGAAUCAAGAAGCAAAGAGUACGGAAGCACAGAGUCAAGAAACAAAGAAUCAAGAAGCAAAGAGUACGGAAGCACAGAGUCAAGAAACAAAGAAUCAAGAAAAGCAGAAAGUCCGGAAAUAAAGAGUCGGAAGGCAAAGAGUCUGGAAGCAAAGAGUCUGGAAGCAAAGAGUCUGGAAGCAAAGUGUCAGGAAACAAAGAAUCUCUUAGUAAAGAGUCCAAGAGCAAAGUCCGGAAGCAAAGAAUCUAGUGGAGACGGUGGAAACGGAGGUGGAGACGGUGGAAAUGGAGAUGGAAAUGAAAAGGAAGGUCUUUUCCCUCACCCCCGGGAUUGUAAGAAAUGGAUUCACUGUUCUCACAGUAUACCAUUUGUCAAGAAGUGUCCCCUCCAUCUUCAUUUCAAUCCCGUCAAACGAGUGUGUGACUGGCCGUUUAAUGCCCAGUGUAUCGCUACUCCUGAUGCUGACUGCCAGAUUCCAGAGUCUGUGCUUCCCACACAGCCCCCUGAUAUGAAGCCUGACAUUUGUGACUGUGAGUGCUGCCUCAGACCUCAUCCCGAGGAUUGCACAGCCUACUAUUACUGUGAGCCAAAUGCAAGCGCCGUAUUCCACACCUGCUCCGAAGGGCUUGUGUUCAACCCACAGUUGAGUCAAUGUGUUCUUCAAGUAGAUUACCCACAGUAUCAACCUGAAACACCCAACAUGCGAUCCUACGUGCGAAUGUUUGUAUCCUGCUCACAGCUGCUCAGAAUACUACAGAUGUAA